GUUUAGCGGAGGAAUUCAGGCGGACGAGGAAGAGAAAACGCGGAGAAACCAGGAAGUUCGCGACGCGCUCUGGGUUUUUUGAGAAAGUGCUAAAAGUUUGACGGUUUGUAAACAUUUAGCCGGUGGGAAUCCGGUGUUUAAUGUCGUGUUUUGCUGCAGUUUACUGAAUCAGUCGUGGUGUUUGGUUUAGAAGAUGGGAGUUGGAGAUCCAAACAGUAUGGAGCAGGGGGCGUCGGCUUCGGCGGAGGAAGUGGACCGGGUGAAGUCGCUGCAGUCUCAGGUGGAUGGCGUGAAAGACAUCAUGACCCAGAACGUGGACCGAAUCCUGGCACGCGGAGAACGACUCGAUGAUCUGAUGGACAAAUCUGAGGACCUGCAGGCCGGGGCGCAGAACUUCAAGCACACGUCGCAGAAGGUGGCACGCGCCUACUGGUGGAAGAACGUGAAGCUGAUCAUGGUGAUAGUCGUGAUUGUUGUCGUCAUCCUGCUCAUCAUCGUGCUGUUGGCUACAGGAGUGAUCCCGACUAGUGCCUCAGCGCCGCUGCCCCCGACAAGCAAACCACCAAAUUAACACCUAGGAAAUUAACACCUUCACACUCACUCACUCACACAGACCUACUUUAUACCGAAACCUGAAGGCACACACACUUACGUUAGUUCUUAAAAAAGUCCCAUUCGGACACACCGCAGGAUUUCAUGCUGGUCCUGAACCAAAAUAUUCGCCGUGUCUACAAUUUGGCGAAACAAAAGCGCAAACCUUGGUCCGAACUGGAUAUUGAGACACAUUUAUAUCUCAUACAGCUGUGAAAUAUCGUAGAUCUGUCAGAUCAGGGUUCGAACGAAAUCCUGCAGGAGUGAUUCUGCUUCGUAAUUUUGAUUUUACGCAGAAAACGAAGACGAUGCGUCUUUUCUUUACACAUUUAGCUCAAUCAAAAACAUCCGCCGUGAUCACGCUUCACACGAAACUCCCAAUGCUGCUUACGAUGAAGCUCGUUAACAUGCGCUUGUUUCCUACUCGCUUUUAUUCGUUCACAACAUUCGUUCGUUUCCUACAAAACAGCAAUAUUUCUUUACUUGAAUAAUCAAACACGAAUCCAUAGUGUUAGCACACAGUACUGUCUGUUUUUCUUACAGAAUUUCUUGAAACAUUCCUAGAAUUUAUAGGAAUAUCUAGAAAUGAAAUCUGAAUGCUGGAACUUCAACAGAUUUAUAAGAUGUUACACACUGAAAUAUCUGGAAUUUCACACAGAUCACUGGAAUUUAAGAAACUCACAAACUUGUGUGUUGAAAAUAUCUGGAAACCUUAAAUUAAAGAUAUUUAUAAGUUACAUAUUGAAAAUGUUCAGAAAAUUAACCAUAUUGUUACCAAGAUGUUACCAUAUUUGCUCGAAGCUGUAUAGCAAACAUACCUGAAAAACCUAAAUAAUAGCUGGAGAUUAAAGAUAUUUUAUAUUGAAUUAACCCCAAAUUAAGAGAUUUUAAUGUUUAGAUGUGGAAUUGAACAAAUCCAGAAAUUUGCCCUGAAAUUAUGCGAUUUAAGGAUAUUUAUUAGAAGAUAUAUAUUAAAAAAUAUCCAGAAAUUCUAAGAAGAUAAAUGAAAAUUGAUUGAAUUUAAAUACUUUUUAACUAAAUUUGACUGAUUAAAAUCCUGAAAUUAACCACUAAUGUCGGAACUUGAAGUUAUAAUUAAGUUGAAAAUAAAUUAGUAAUAAGUUGAAUAAUAAAACACUCAAAAUUUGAAAUUGAAAAUAUCUGAAAACAGAUCUUUUUUUUUUUAUAUAUAUAAGAAGUAUACAAUGAAAAUAUCUGACGAAUGAAGGACAAUCUAAUAUUUACUGUUACAAAUAUCUGGAAAUUAAGCCUGAGAGCUAGAAAGAAGUUAUUAAAAUGAAUUCUUAUUAAAAAUAGAGAGGAACUUACAUAUUGAAAAUAUCACUUAAUGCUGGAAGGUAAGAUACCUACAAGAUGGUACAUGUUAAUAAUAAUUAUAAAAUAACCCUUAAUUCUGAAAUGUGUACAUUUUAAACAUCGGAAGGAUUUCAUUUCAUCUCUUUGCUGGAAAUUUUCUUGGUGUUUGGUCACAACGCGAUACUUUCCACACACACUUCUCAGACAACACAAUUUUCUCUAUAUACUAGUGAUACAGUGAGUGUGUGAAAUUUCCGGACGGGUUUGCCCAAGUGUUUGUGUGUGUCCGUGUGUGUGUUUGUGUUUUUACAUGAUGAAAAUGUUUUUUUCGUAACUGUUUCUUUAAAGUUUGAAGGCCGAGUUAUAGUUAAAAUCAAUACGAACAAUAGCGCAAAUGCACUUUGCUUCAAUGUAGGUCUAAGAUUUUGCUUUAACAUUCCAGUCACUGCUGUAAAAGUCAAUAUUUCUCUGAUUUUCACUGUUACGAAAGAAAAAAACCCGACUCUUUACAGUUCUUUAGUGGCCAGUUUUGAUUCCAACCUUUUUUUUUUUUUUUUUUUUACAUUUUGCACAGCCUUGAUUUAAAUAACUACUGGCUACAUUUACCAAUAAAUUUUUUUUUUUUCUCCUGCAGGAAUAUGCAGAAUAAAUCUCAUUAGUGAUUGUAUCAGAGCUACAAUUAAGUGCAACAGUAAACUUAGACUUAAUCUGAGCUUAUUUUCGUCUGAAUUUCUAUAAAUCAUCUCUUUGUGGUUUUGCUGUCAAUCUGUGGAAAUCUUACGAGGUCAAAAUUGCUUCUUUCUGUAAAUAUUUUAGUCUUUUCUGUUGUAAUUGUUCCCACUCAUCUCAUGCUGUAGCAUCCAAUAACGUUAGAAUGUUACAUAUCCAAGUUUAUUUAUUGUUCCUGUUCCAUACUAAAGCUGUUUUAGGUGCCUUAUUGUCUUAUAGUCCUGACUUGAAUCAGAAAAAAUGAUCAUCGUUAAUGCACACUGCCUCGGUUAAAAUCACUCUUAUUCUUGUUGAGUUAAGGGCUACAAUGUGUACGUGUAUUUUUUUCCGAGCACGCACCACAACACCCGAUUACAUUAAUUCCGCUACUUCAUCACAGAGGUAUGUGUGUGUGUGUGUGUGUGUGUGUGUGUGCGUGUGUGUGAGUGUGAACGGGUGGUGUGUUUCAGGUUCGGAUUAAAUACUCAACCAGUGCUGGGGCUUUGGAUGUAUAUCAAGAGUUAUGAGGAAAUAAAAUCUCAAAGCCUGUAGAGCUAUUUUUAAAAAUAAACAAUUGAAGUGUCAUUAAA